CAUAUUUAAUAUGUCAGGGAUAUUUUCACGAUUUUCCACCGUCAUAACCGCUCGUCUGAAUAUCCAAGCGCUAUUGGGGAGAAAUUAUGACGAAUAGAUACAGGAAAGUCCGAUCAAUUUUCGGCGCAUUUAUAUUUUUCUUUGGUUUGAUUUUAUUUUCAUGCAAUGUGACAGCGAAUACUGAUAACGCUUCAGAUAGUAGGCAUAUAAUUCGGAAUCAGAAUAACGAUCGCAAUAUUCGAUCCGUCUUGUCAAAUUGAUUAUUAUAAUAUAGAAAUUGAAACUUCAUACGACGAUACUAAAUCACACCAAAAAAAUAUCCCAAAUAAAAUAGGAGUAUCGAAUAACGUCUAUAGAGCGUGCUGUAAAAGAUGUUCCGUGACUCAUUGAACGAGAUUUCAGAGCCGUUGUUCGCUUUAUAUUAAUUUUUUCUCUAUUUUUUUUGUGUUUGUAAAAACUUUAAAGUUCGCUAGAACCGGUUCCAUCGUGUAUAAUACUACCCACACAUUGUACCGAUACUCCUAACGCACUUCUUCGCAGACUUAAAAACCUUAUGCUAGUAGUUUUUGACGUCUUCCUAGUAUGCGCAGGACAUAGAAGCUGAAAUUUAUUUCUCUUCAAUUCAACAUUUUAAUAUUAAAAAGAAGCUCCCAUUUUUUUUAUUUCUUUUCACAAGUGCAUCGCGGCCACGUGUAAGUUUUAGCGUCGAGUAAAUAUAAUAAAAACGUAGGAACGCUUAGAGAGAUGUAAUUGGAUACUGUUUCGAUAACGCUUGUGUGAAUAUACAUGCAUAAUGUACAGAGAAUCCAACUGAGAUUUGACGCAAUUUCAUGUCUACACUUUGAAUUUUUUAUAGUCGUGCAGAGGAUUGCGUGGGGUUGAAUAUCUUAUCGUUAUAUAGACUUUGAUUUCUACGUGUAAUUAUUGUGCAUAUUUGCUUUACAUCUUGCAUAAUCAAUGUAGAAAUGUUAAACUUAUAUCAGUCUAAUGACGAUGGUAGAAAACUGUACAGACAGCGUUGACAGCUAAUCGCAAAUCGAAUUCUGUCCCGUAAUUCGGGUGUGCUUCUUUUGAUCGAAACUCGAAUAAUGUAGACUCCGAUAAUAUCGGUGAAAUCGUACGGAAAAUACAUCGGAAUGACGCUACUCGUUGGCUUGCUAUUUUUCGUCGUGUCGUUGUGCGCAGCGCAAUCACCGAACUUCAAAUGCGAUGAUCCAAAUUUCCACAGUCUGGAAACGGAUUAUACGAAACGAACCGCCUGUCAUCCUUCGUUUCAGAACAAGUGUUUCUGUCAUAUGGCCUGCUACGAGGGUCUUUAUCAGCACAUCGUUAAUUGUACCGACGCCGGGUUCACCGACACCAAACCUCUCGAGCACCUACCGAACAAUACAAGAGUGCUGAUAUUCGUCGGAAAUGAUCUGCCGGAGCUUUCUUGGAACAUUUUUGGUACCUUGGACGCCUUGCCUGAGCUGCGUGUGAUCGAUAUGUCGCGCAAUAAGAUCAGAGAAAUUAGAGGAAAAGCAUACCACCACGUUAAAAAUGUGGAGCAACUUUUCUUAGACUUUAACGAGCUCUCAUUGGACCCCGCCAGAAGCCAUCCUCGAGUUUUUUCAAAUUUCAUAUCCCUUUUGGAACUACAUCUGACCGACGCCUUCGAAGAUGGCUCGCCGAGAGACCUCGCCGAAACUCUACAUGAUAUUUUUGUCAACAGCAAUUUAACACAGCUGACGAAGCUGCACCUCGAGCAGAACGAAAUAUCGGAGUUUCACGACGCGAAUGUUUUCUGCGACCUACCGAAUCUACUGCACCUCUACAUUGGAAGUAAUUCACUGAACGCUCUACACUUCAAUCUCACCUGUAUGCGUAAACUUCGUUUCCUUGACCUUGAAAGGAACAAAUUUACCCGCGUACUUGAACACGAUCUCCGCGUCCUCGACUCCAUCGUCAGGGACAAUAUUCCGAUGAUGGUUGACUUCACUUCAAAUCCUUUCGAAUGUGGCUGCAAAUUGAACCCGUUCAUCCAUUGGAUGAACAAGACUAAAAUAACCGUUCGAAAUCCGCAUCUCCUCCAAUGUACAAAAGGUAAGGAAGUUCACAAAUUACGAGAAGAGAAGCAUUGCGGAAACAAACUCGGCGCUUCUUCCUAUCACGGGAGCACCGUCGUUCUUUGGCUAUUAUCAAUUCUCCUAGUCGUCCUGAUAGUCGCUCUGAUUUACAUUCAGAGAGUCGAACUAGGUAAGAAAAUUGAGCCCGUUAUAGACUCCGUCAGUAAAAGGGUGCGAUACAAGUCGAUAGCUACCGGAGAAACCCGCGAGAUGGACGUCUGACGAGGUAAAUCAAGGUGAAAAAAAUGCGGUAGCACAGGUACAGGUUGGGGCUGGAAGAUAGAAACGCGUUAAAGAACGAAAUUUAACAUUACUACACCCGACUGCGGUUUCAAAAAUUUUAUGGAUACGCGCGGGCAGUGUAAGUAAAUUCAUCGGCAUUGUGAUGUUAUUAUUCCAAGCGGCUCAAUGAUUUUCUCCCAUCGUUAUCGGAUCUCAUAAAUAUAUGCCGCAAAUGAUCAUUCCUUGUAUUAUUUUUUGCGAUCAUCGAUACCGCUGUGCACCGCCUCAUGUAAGAUUUUCUAGUCGGCGUAUAUGUAUAAUAGAAGAGGACCAAGGAUACACAAACCUAUAAUUAUAAUGAUUUGAUGGGCGUAAAAAUUGAUAGCCGAAUAUGCAUGAAUUAUAUUUUCAUAAUAUUCGAAUGUAAAUUAAACGAUGAACGUGUCGCAUAUUAUUCAUACACAAGACAUUGUAUGUGUCCCGUUUUUUUUUUUUCUAAUUUGCUACUGUUUUAUACUAACGAAAAAAAUAAUAUGUGGAGAAAAAGGUUACAAGAGAAUAUAUAUAAAUAUAUAUUUACAUAUAUUGUAGCGUAGGUAUGAAUCUAUCUAUAAAAAUAUUACUGAAAUAUAUAUUUUAUUCUAGACUUUUAUUUUAUGACUGUAAUGCAAUCAUCCGUGACUUCAUUAAAACUGAAAUGACAUUACAUUAAA